CCGCCAGCACGCGUCUGUCAAGUUUCGUCAAGAGUCGGAAUAAACGGGAUCGGCAAUUCCCGGCCUUGCCUCCGCUCGUUUCAGUCGUCCUUUGCAGCAUUAUUAUUUGUGGGUAGCCAACGCGUGCCUCUAGUGUCCCAGCUCUCGCAUUAUUUCCCGCCUUUCUCUAAACCAUGGCAUCAAAAGCAGCAGUAGCCGCGGUUGACUUCACCCGUAUCUACUCGACACUUGGGCUCGGAAAAGAUACCAUCGCUGCUCUGCAAGCAUUCCGCAAACGGCACGGGGAUGCUCAACGUCUCCAGUCGCAAUAUGCAUCUCAACCCACCACUGUUGACCUCGCGCACUACCGCUCUGUGUUGAAGAACAAGGCAAUUGUGGACGAAGCCGAGAAGCUGUUGAAGGAGUUCAAGGUUGUUACGUACGACGUAUCUGCCCACGUCAAAGCCAUCGAAACUUUCGAGGCCAAAGCGGUUGAGAAAGCCCAAGCGACAGCCGCCCAGAUUGACGUGGAACUCAAGGAGUUGCAAGCAACGCUUGCUAACAUCGAAGAGGCUCGUCCGUUCGAAGACUUGACGGUGGAGGAUGUCGGCAACGCCCACCCACGGAUACUGGAAGCAGUCGAGACCAUGGUCCAGAAAGGCAAAUGGACUGUACCUGGUUACAAAGAGAAGUUUGGCGACCUUUCAUUGAUGUGAGCAAUUGCUGUAACCUAUAUAGAGCGUUGCACCCCGUUACCUGUCGUGAUUGUGUCUUGAAUUCUAUAUACUGGACAGACUAUACCUGUUCUGGUGCUUAUUUCUCUGAACCCUCUCGUUAAGAUUUAGAGUUACCUAAACGCGGACUAACGAUAAAACAAAAUUGAUUAGCUCACUACGUUACUAGUACUGAUUUCUGCUAAGUCAGGUACUGGGAACGACAGUACUAUUACGGAGGUCCAAAGGUCAAUACUAAAGAGUGUACUUUGAAGUCGA